AUGAAGUUUACGCCCUCCGAAUGGAUAAUACUCGCCGUGGUCGGCUCCGUGCACUUUUGCUGCGCCAUCUGCAUAUCCCUGCAGGCGCCUUUUUACCCGGAAGAAGCAGAGAAAAAAAACUGCACGGCUACGGAGUAUGGUUUCGUCUUUGGCAGUUUCGAGCUGGUGGCGUUCGUCACGUCGCCCGUUUUCGGGAGCUUGAUUCAAAAAGUCGGUUUAAAAUACAUGUUGGUGAUCGGCAUUGUAUUGAACGCUCUGUCGACCAUAGCUUUCGGAUUUUUGACGUACGUCGAUGGAAGGUACACGUUCCUACUGCUGUCGCUGCUUCUGCGGACACUGGAAUCGCUUGGCGCCACGGGUGCAAUGGUAGCCGCGUUUUCGUUAACAGCCGUCUCGUUUCCCGAAUCGGUAGCCAGCACUUUCUCCGCUCUUGAGGUAUGCUACGGUAUGGGAUACAUUGUCGGACCGACUCUUGGCGCUUUGUUAUUCGAGGUCGGUGACUUUCCGCUGCCGUUCAUCGUCAUGGGCCUCAUCACGCUGGGAACUUCGGUUUUGGUGUGUAUUCUAAUGAAACAGGACGUGCCCAGCCCAAACAAAGCCAAAACCAAGGUAAUGCACCUCAUGAGCGUCCCGACCGUGCUCAUAAACUCCAUCGCAACAGUGAUCACCGCCACGGCUAUGGGAUACUAUUCGGCGACGUUGGAGCCACACAUCCGAGGGUUUGGACUUUCGUCUGUGGACGUCGGGUUCGUGUUUAUCAUCAGCGGUGGAACGUACGCUCUGAUAGCUCCUGUCGUCGGAUACAUUUGCGAUACCGGACUGAAUCCGAAAAAAGUAAUGAUCAUGGGAUCCAUCUUGACCAUCAUCAGUUAUUCCAUCGUUGGACCAGCUCCUUUUAUGCCGCUCGAAAAGUCCAUGGUGUUGGUCAUUAUCGGAUUGGUCAUUCAAGGGAUCGCUUUGGGUAUGAUUUGUGUGCCGACAUUUGUGGAUUCGAUGAGAGCUGCGUUUGACAGCGGUUUUCCAAACGACAUACACACCUUUGGUCUGCUGUCGGGCAUUUGGUCAUCGUCGUUCGCGCUGGGCGCGUUUCUGGGCCCUUCAAUAGCCGGUUUUCUGUACGAUCUUGUCGGAUUCGAGAAGGGCACGUACUUCGAAAUUUCUAUACAUUUCAUGUUGGGUCUGGCGCUGGCCGUGUUCGUGUGCAUGGAACGGCGGCCGUCGGCCAAGUUCGUGGUGAACGGCAUGAACGAUUCAACGGUGGGAUUCGCGUUCCGCGCGGACGGCACGGAUCCGACCAACGCGGCGCCGGUACCGGGUGCCAAGUCUCCCGUGUACACCAUCAACGGUCACCACCAGUCGUUCCGGUCCAACAGCGGUUACCGGUUCGGCUCGACGUACGGCAGCUUCAGCAACUCGUGUCUGGGCACGUCCCUGUCGUCGGUGCGCAUCAACAGCGAGGCGUGCAACCGGUCGGCCGAGGCCCGGGGCAGUCCGCUUGCGCUCGAACGCCGGGUGUAGUGGAACGUAAACGUGAUGAGGCGAGAAAAACGAAAAAUACGAAAAAAUUUAAAUUAAAAACAAUCGAUAAAAUUAAACGAAAAAAAAAAAAAAAAAA